GCCAAAGCCAAAGCCAAAGCCAAUAACCACACUUUUUUUCUUAAAGGAAAGAGGAGAGAAUGAGGAGAAAGAGUUCCUCUUCCUCCCCCUUGUUAUAAAUUAUAUAAUUAAUUAGUAAUUAGUAGUACAUGGAAUUGCAUGAAAGGCAGAGUCCCACUUCCACAUCCCAAAUCAUACUGAUGAUGAUAUCUGCAAACAAAUAUAGAGAGAGAGAAGAGUAAAGCUGAGUUGCCUUUGAUGCAUAUUUCUCCGCAUCCUUGUCAGCACAUGCAGUCCACUUUCUGCUCUCUCAAAAUCUGACUUUGGACCCUCCAAAAUAAAAAUUUAACCUCACAGCCAAGGAAAGAACACUCCCAUCACUUCUUCUCUCCUCUAUUAACUCCUCUCUUUCCACACGUUCCAACCACAAAUCUAUAGCCUUAAAAGAAAAAAAAAAAAAACCACCCUCUGCACUAUACAUCAUAACAAGGAUUUUUAAGAAAGUUUUAGGCAUCACCUAAACCUUUCUUCUUGUAGUAGCAUAUUUUAGAUAUAUAUAGCUAGCUCCCCUUUGUUAUCUGUCUCAAGUGGAAAUACAAACAUCCUAUAGUUUUCUGAUUGGGGAACCAUACCAAACUUCCAUAUAUCCCUUACCUUAAAUCUUCCUCUCAAACUUUUUUUCUUUUCCAGUCAAGAUAAUGCCCAUGAAACUUUGUUCAUAGCCUUACAACAAGUUUUGCUUCACUUUAGGUAAUAUAUAUCACCAUAUCUUAAUUAGUUUUGUUUCCACAAAAGAAGAAGAUGAGGGCAGGAGGUUGUACAGUGCAGCAAAGCUUGACAGUUGAAGCUGCAAACGUUGUAAAACAAGCGUUAGCACUAGCUAGAAGGCGUGGUCAUGCCCAAGUAACGCCUCUUCAUGUCGCAAACACCAUGCUUUCCACUUCCAAUGGCCUUCUCCGAACCGCUUGCCUUCAAUCCCACUCUCAUCCUCUCCAAUGCAAAGCUCUGGAGCUUUGUUUCAACGUCGCCCUCAACCGCCUUCCGGCCUCUUCAUCCGGCCCAAUGUUAGGCCAUCAUCAUCAUUCUCCUUCUUCUCAGCAACAUCCAACAAUCUCCAAUGCCCUUGUUGCAGCCUUUAAGAGAGCCCAAGCCCAUCAAAGAAGGGGUUCCAUAGAAAACCAGCAGCAGCCUCUCCUUGCUGUUAAGAUAGAGCUGGAACAGCUAAUCAUAUCCAUCUUGGAUGACCCAAGUGUGAGUAGAGUCAUGAGGGAAGCUGGCUUUUCUAGUACUCAAGUGAAAACCAAUGUAGAACAGGCUGUUUCUAAAGAGACUACUUCUGAUAAUAGUAAUUCUGUUAUCUUGUCUAAGCCAAGCUUAUUACCAGUUAAUGAAGGAGGAAGUAAUUCAAUGAAACAAAGUAAACCUAGUUGUACUACUACUACUACUACUACAUCAUUUGAUCCUGUCAAGGAUGAAGAUGUGGAGUUUGUGUUAGAGAGUUUGAUGAACAAAAGGAGGAAAAGUGUGGUAAUAGUAGGAGAAUGUCUUUCUAGUUUAGAAGGUGUAGUUGGAGGGAUGAUGGAUAAGAUAGAGAAGAGAAAUGUUGUGGAGGGAUUAAAGGAGGUGAAGAUUAUAAGGGUUGGUUUGAAUACUUUUAGUAAUCUUCGAAGGGAAGAAGUUGAACAAAAAGUAGGAGAAUUGAGUUGCCUGGUGAGGAGUUUAGUGGGGAAUGGAGUGAUUUUGUACUUGGGGGAUUUGAAGUGGAUUGUUGAUUAUAGGGCUAGUAGUAGUUCAUCAAAUGAUAAACAAGGAAGAAAUAGUUACUAUUGUCCAGUAGAACACAUGAUUAUGGAGCUUGGGAGAUUGGUUUAUGGAUUGGGAGGAGAAAAUGGAAGGCUUUGGCUUAUGGGAUUAGCAACCUUCCAAACAUUCAUGAGGUGCAAAAGUGGUCAACAUUCACUUGAAGCACUUUGGGGUCUCCAUCCAAUUACCAUUCCUGCUGGUGGUCUUGAUCUCAGUCUCAAUACUGAAAGUGCCAAUGGCUCGGAAAUCGAGUCAAGAAGCAAGACAGCCGAAAGCAGCCUUCCUUCAUGGCUUAAAGAUGAGAGCAAGAGACUUAAAAACAAUGAUAUCAAUCAAUCUCCAUUGGAAGAUCAACUCAGCCAGCAGAAAUGGAACCCCAUAAUUUGUAGUUCUUCAAUCCAAAAACCCACCAUUUCAUUAGACAGGAACUUAACAUUCUCCUCAUCAUCAUCUCCUUCAUCCUCUACUUCAUUCUUUUCAUAUGAUCAUCAUCAUCAGCAUCAUCAUAAUGUUAAUAUCAUGCCAAAGCAAGCCAUUUCUCCUCUCACAACUUCAACUCCAAAUUCUGCUACUUCAAGUGAUGACGUCAUGGAGAUGGAGUACGUUUCAAGGUUCAAGGAAUUCAAUGCUGAGAACCUAAACACACUGUGCAAUGCUUUGGAGCAAAAAGUGCCGUGGCAAAAAGAUGUCAUUCCUGAUAUCGCGGGAACAAUCCUUCAAUGCAGGUCAGGAAUGUUAAAGCGAAAAGAAAAAGUCAGCAGAAGUUUUGUUGACCAUGACCAGCAGCUGGUCAAAGAAGAAACAUGGUUAUUCUUUCAAGGCCUUGAUGUCCAAGCUAAAGAGAAGAUUGCAAAGGAAUUAGCUAAAGUUGUGUUUGGUUCUUACUCCAACUUUGUUACAAUUGCCUUAAGCAGUUUUUCCUCCUCUACGAGGGGCGAUUCGUCGGAUCUUGACCAUGAAAACAACAAGUUGAUCGGAAGGUGUAAUAGUUUCAAGAGAUUGAGAGAUGAACAAAGUUGUUGUUCUUACAUUGGGAGACUCGCUCAAGAAAUCUCGUCCAAUCCGCAUCGGGUUUUCUUGGUGGAAGAUGUGGAGCAAGCUGAUUUUCACUCCCAAAUGGGCAUCAAAAGGGCUAUCGAGAGAGGUAAAAUAACUCAUGAAUCGAGUGGCGAAGAAGUUAGCCUUUGUGAUGCCAUUAUUAUUUUGUCUUGUGAGAGUUUUAGCUCAAGAUCUAGGGCAUGUUCUCCUACAACGAGGCAAAAGUUAGAUAUUGAAGAAGAAGGGAAAGGAUCAAAUCCCCCCUUUGUGUCAUUGGACUUGAACAUUUCCAUCAAUGAUGAAAGGGUUGAAGAAGAUGAAGGUCAGUCGAUUGAUGAUGUAGGGAUUCUUGAGAAUGUUGAUGGACGUAUUGUGUUCAAAAUGCAUGAAUUAAGUGCGCUUGUAAUGUGAUUGUCUUCACAUUUUCUUUAAUUUAGUCCUCCUCUAAAUUAGAUUUUCUUUUUUUUUUUUACCGUUAAUUAAUGAUGAAUAUUGAUAGAUGUAUAGUUGAUGACCUAGAGUAUUAAUUUCCAGCAGUGCCAUGUAUUUUCGUUUUAGUUUUUGUAUAUAGGGGACCUAAUUAAUUAACCA